UAGGUUGGUAAUAGGUACCUACCUAUCUAUCUACAUGUUCUUCGAACAGUAUAUAAAUACUUUGCAAUUUUUUUGCUUGGUCCAUUAAGUAGGUACUCAUAGAGAAGUGAAAACGAUCAAAAUGAUAAAAGUUGCAAGCGUUAUUCUGUUCAGCGUAGUCGCCAUAGCUUUAGGCGACGGGGAAAGCGCUGAAAUAGAACUGUUUGAAAACGGGUGUCCUGUAAAUAACCAGGUUUAUAAAAUCAUGCCCCACGAAGAUUGCAAUAAAUUUUACAAAUGUUCUAAUGGUGAGCGGAUCGAAUUUAAAUGCCCAGAUAAACUGAUGUUCAACAUGAAUGAAAAUGUAUGUGACUGGCCAAACCAAGUGCAGUGCGAAAACAGAGUAUCAACGAAUGCCCCAGACACAACAAACCCAAUCACUGAAUCUGGAGAUGCUGAUCCAGCCACUAUCUGCGCUCGUACCGGCUCUGAUGGAUUGCUAGUCCCGCAUGAAUAUUGUAACCGGUUAUACAUGUGUGCCCUUGGAGUACCGAUUGAAAUCGAAUGCCCUGAUCCCCUUCUAUUUAACACCGAGUCCCAGCUUUGCGAUUAUGAGAGCAAGGUCGACUGUGGAGAACGAUUGAAGGCAAAAGAAAAUGAAAGCCCAGAAAUGCCAGAAAAAUGAAGAACUAAGCUUCCUUUCAACUUUUGGAAAAAAAAUUAUACUAAC